CUCCCUCCCGCCACUUCCGGGGGCGCCACAAAAGUCUCGGGCGCCGCUGGGGCCGUAGCUGUGGUUGGUCUGACCAGGAAACUGUGGCCCCCGCGACGGGCCUUUCCGGUACCUCUGCCGGAGCAGGUGAGAUCGUGGUGUUGGGAAGUACAUCAGUGUUAGUUCUCUCAGAUUGGCAAUGGUUCGUAGUGGAAAAAGUGGUGGGCUUCACCUGAAGCAGAUUGCGUAUUACAAGCGGACAGGGGAAUAUCAUCCCACAACAUUAUCAAGUGAAAGAAGUGGAAUCAGGAGAGCUGCCAAAAAAUUUGUUUUCAAGGAAAACAAGUUGUUCUAUGUUGGAAAAGACAGAAAACAAAUGCGCCUGGUAAUUGUUUCAGAUGAAGAGAAGAAAAAGGUCCUCGAGAAAUGCCACAAAAAUGCUGCUGGCACUCAUCAUGGUAUAUCAAGGACACUGACUUUAGUGGAGUCUAAUUACUACUGGACCUCUGUGACAAAUGAUGUCAAGCAGUGGGUGCAUGCUUGCCAGCAUUGCCAGAUGGCAAAGAACAUUACCACCAGAGUGCCCAAAAUACACCCUAUCAAAGCAGAGGACCCGUGGACAGCAGUUACUAUAGAGCUAAUGGGACCUUUCAGUAUUACCAACAGAAGUCACAAAUACAUCAUAAUUAUGACAGAUUUGUUUACAAGAUGGACUGUUAUCUUACCACUGCAUGACACUUCAGCAGCUGAAAUUGCAAAGGCAAUCAUAAAUGUGUUUUUCUUAUAUGGGCCACCUCAAAAGAUGCCUAUUGAUCAGGGGAAGGAGCUUGUUUAUCAGAUAAAUGAAGAACUGUUUGCACUGUUUGGAAUGAAGCAAAUUGUAUUGUCUUGUCCUCAGACACAUGAUGUAAAUGAAAGAAUGCCCAAGACAAUCAAAACUUUCCUUAACAAGUAUUGCAUAGACCAUCCAAAUGAUUGGGAUGAACAUUUAUCUGCUAUAGCCUAUGCUUUCAAUUUGACAAAUUUGGAGCCAGAUCAAAACACCCCAUAUUUCCAAAUGUUCAACCGUAACCCACGUGUUGUUGAACCCAUGAAUAUACAUGUGAAAGGAGAAUACAGUAGUUUUGCCAAAGUAUUUGAAGCAACUAAAAAACUCAGUCAAGCACUGGAAGAAGACAAAACCUCAGAUUACCAGGCAGAUAAAAAAACUUCAGAUGAACAAAAAAUCAGAACCAAAAUCACAGUUAAAAGGAAGUCAAAAUUAUUAAAUACCCUUCAACUUAAAGUUGGUCAUGAAGUCCUCAGGCAAAGAAAAAACUGGUGGAAAGAUGGUCGUUUCCAGUCGGAAUGGAUUGGUCCUUGUAUCAUAGAUUACAUCACAGAAAAUGGCUGUGCAAUAUUAAGAGAUUCCACAGGAUCAAGGCUGAAAAGACCCAUCAAAAUGUCUCACCUCAAGCCAUAUGUAAGAGGGUCCAGUGAAAAAGGCAACCAUUACAUUCUGCAAGGUGCAGUAGUUUUUGACCAUGACUAUAUUGGCUUGUCUGAAAGAUCUAAUAAUUCAAGCCAAGCAGACUCUGUUGCUGAAAAAGAAAUAAAUACCUACAAAAAAGAUAUCAUGUCUGCUGUACAGAUUCCACCUGCAGCCUUCAAAGACCAAGAAUCAGCAGAUGGUAAAUAUGGGUCUGAGCUGAGAGAAGAUCAUUACAUUGAACCAAAUACUGCAAAGACAGAGCAAUGGCCUUCACCUUGUUGGACCCUUCAGACAAAGACAGAGGAUACUUAAGCAUAGUCUUCUAUCACAUUUCAUUGCCAUGCAGUUUGGAACUACUGUGGCAAACUGAAAAAAAAAAAUAGCUCCAACUUCCUUAGCCCAGUCCAUUUUACUCCUUUAUGAAUCUAAGAGUGCUUCAGGUAUUUAAUUUGUCUGGGUGUUAAGAAAAAGCACUAGUAAAAGCAAAUAUUCUGAUCAUGCAUUUAAAUUCCAGAUUUUUUUUUUGUAGAAUGGCGAUGUGGCCGUGCCUUACUGUUAUCCUCUCAGGACACAAUGCAUAAUUUCACUGUAAUGACCUUUUCCAUUUAAUCCUUGGAUGACUUAUUCCUAAUGUGCACUGUGAGAUGAAUUAAACCUAAGCAAGUUGGUGUAAAUUUUCCCUCCACUACAGAGAAGCUCAUGUCUUCCUUUUCCCGUUAUAUAACAGUUCUCUAUUCAUUCUGGGAAGCUGCAGCAUCUGACUUGUACAACUUUUAAUUUCUAGUCUAAUCCAUUUAAGAUCUCACAAAACAAUAAAACUGCCAAAAUCAAAUACAUGUGGUGUUCUAUGCAUGAAACAAUGAGAGCUUCAGCUGUUCAAUGCUCAUCAAAAGUCUACUAGUGUAGGCAGUUUUAAUAUUUCAGGCAUGUGAAAAAAUCUUAGAAGCAUUUAAUAUUAAUAUGUGCUUUUUCCACAAACAUCUGGUUUCCACAAACAUCUGGUUUCUCCAUUACAGUUAUCUUAUCACUGAGUCUGUGCAUGUUGGGAGAUUUUCCAUGGGCUAUGAAAGGUGAAGCAGUGGUAUUAGCUUAUUCUCUGAUUUCCUUGAGUAAGCUGUUACUGGUCUGGACUUCCUACUGAGAAGACUGUUUCUCAAAGUCAGCAGCACAGGAAUUUUUUCAUGUAGAAAACUGAGAGUGGAAGUCAAUUUUUUUGUUGUAGUUUUGGUUUUGUUUGGUUUUUGGUUUUUUGUAGGGGAUUGACAUGAAGAAAACUAGCAGAAAACUGAAUUGAGGAAUUCAGCAACUUAUGGAUGAUGCUGUGGAAGAUUUGCUUAUCUUGCUCUCUGAAUUUGUGUGCUCCCUCUCAUUUCUGCUCCUGAAUGUCAUGUGACUUCUAACAGAGGUGGAGGAAAGUACUAUUUAUUAGGAGUUUUCAGUUAAUUUUAGACAAUUAGAUGUGGUUAUCAAGGCUGAUUAGGUACCUACCUCCUACAGAAAUUUCAUGUACAAUACAGUAUGUCUUUAAUAUCAUGGGAUGCAUCUGUGUGAGAAAAGCGCUCAGCACCAUGACAGAAUCCUAUCUUAAACUUCAAAUGAAAAAUAAUUAAUACUCAAACUAUUUUGUGUCUUCUGAAAAUGCAGUCCUACAGAUACAGUUUUUCUCCACCAAGAUUUCAGAGAGUCUUUCUGAGUACAUUGUGUGUAUGCACACAUGGAAUAAAUAUUUAUUUUAUAUAUCAUCCUUUUGAAGAAAAUAUUACUGUCAGGGAUAAGACUGGAGAGUAAGGCAUUGUUUGUAAGGCUCAUUUCUGCUUUAGUAGCUGCAAAAGAGAACCAGCCUCUCUUAUUUUUUUCUUACUUCAUGUGAUCAGUUCCUGAAUUGUGCACAGUACAGCAGAGCUGUUUUCUGCAGUGGCUCUGGGGUAAUGCAAGUGCUGUAGAGUUGUUAGAGCUGCACUGAAAAGAAAGGAAAUGCUGCAGUGAGAGAGUAAUGGGGAAAACACUGAAGCAUUUAACAUACUGUGUACAUUUAACAUAUUGCUGAUGGCUCAGGCUUCCUGGUAAUUUUGAUCUAUUGUAUUACCAAGCAGGCACUAGUGACUUACCAGUGCACUGAAAUGUGGCCUUCUGUGGAUGGGAGAGAUUAAUUAAAAUAAAAUUCAAACUAUUGACAUGAAGAACAUCACUGGAAAAUGAAAAAGAAACACUGUUUGACCAAAACUGACACAAGGAAGCAAGAUUUAGCAGUGUUUUCAAGAAAUGGGUACUAUACUCUUUUGCACCAAUUAGAAGACCUGCUGGCUUACUGUUUACAUCUUGGUAACAAAACUAUGUAGAAAUUUUGAAUGAAAAGCAGCACACCAAAAGCUUUAUUUUGAAGAAGAAGGCUCUUCCAGAUAGAAGUAACCAGACAGUAAAUUGAAUUUUAAGCAUUUGAUUCUGGAGCAGUUAAUCCUGAGACAUGCAUUCCCUGGUCAGUUCUCCUUUCAGCCUGUGUGUAGAUGAAGGGAUCUGCAGCAAGCUUGCUGCACUGGUAGCAGAAGCAGCUGUGCCAGUAAACAAAAACUGUUGUAGGAAAUACAGCAUGUCCCUACUGCUAGGCAGGGCUGCCCUGUUACAGACUACUAGUGCAGUGAUGAGCAGAUCACUUGGAUACACGUUUCUAUAAUACUGUAUUACCACAUACUACUUAUUACUCACAUUGGUGAGCACUUUUUUGGGCGCUGGAGAAGCAUCUCAAAACUCAUCAGCAGAACUGGAGCAUUCAGAGCUGCAGCUGGUGGCAAGAAUUGGUGCCUUGAAUAUGUAAAGUGUUAUCCGAGUUAAGUGGGUUAAAAGGGAAUAAAUCAGAUUUCAUUAAUUCAGUUAGUUGAUUAUUCUUGGCAAUUGAUGCCUUUAAUUUCCUUAUGUGUCACUUCACCCUUCUGUACAGAGUAACACCAUAUCAGAUUCCAGACAAACUGCAAAAAAUACUCAUUACUCUUCACAAAGCUGGCAGACAUAGUGAUAAAAGCCCCAACAGAAAAGCCCUUAAGAAAAAUAUUUCUAUUUUGUGCAGCAUUUCAGUGAUAUGCAGUAUGUAAUACCUGUGCUUCCCCACCAGAUUGAUUCUGAGUCUUUACCUAAUCAGAAACAUCAUUCACCACUCCCAUAGAAUAAAGACCAAGAAGAAGGAAAGCAGAGCACAGAGUUAUGGUGUCAUACCGGCAAGUUAUUUUUUUAGUGUAUUAGCUUUCGUGUGUUCGUCUCCAGCGAGAGCCGUUCCGGAUUUGUCGGAAGGUGGCAGCCUGUAUCCGCGGAGCCACCGCCCACGCGGUGCUCAGGGCGCGGAGGUACUGCUGCCCGCCCUGCCCUUCCGAGGCUUUCUUUCCGAAAGCACGUUCGCAGCAGAAUUUUCGGUAAUUUUCACAUCGAUAAUUACGGGAACAUGAGUACAUUUCUGAGAGCAACAUGACCCGCAUUGUGUGAAGGCUGCGUGACUGACCUGUCGUGAGCCGGAGUACAAAAAUACUCUAGUUAUGCUUUAAGUGGUUUUAUACCACAGCUA